AUGGCUCCGAAAAAUUUGAAACGAAGUGCGCCCAAGGACGAUGACUUUGUCCUCACACUGUCCGACGACGAAAAUGUUCCUCGAUUCGACGAUGAAGACGACGAGGUCACCGAAGAGCUCCCCAGCACCGAUUCGAAAAAGCGCAAGCGUGAGGCAGGCUCUGCUGAGAACAAGAACAAGAAGCAGAAGAAUGUAAAGGGGAAAAAGAGCAAAGUUCAAGCCAAGGUCGAGGAGUCUGAAGAAGAGCAAGAUGACGAAGAGGAAGAUGUACCGGGUGCCGAAGACGAUGCGCUCAAUUCAGAUUUCGAGUUCGAUGUCGGUGGCGUCGCCAACCAGGGUGUCACCGAGGGCUUCGACGGCUGGGGCUUGGACGACUCUAAGCAGAACAGCGGUGGGGACAAGAAGGCUGUGGACAUCGACGACAUCAUCUCUCGGCGGAGGGAAAAGCAAGAGGCUGCGAACAUGAAGAAGCAGAAGAAGCAGGCCAAGAAAGAGACCGACAACGCCAGUAGCUCAGACGAGGAGGAUCCUGAUGCCGAUGGCGGUAUGGAGGUUGACUUUGACGACGACGAGCUAGUUGCGGAGGACGGAUUCGGCAUGGGCGCCGAUGGGGAGGAUGAGAGCGAGGCCGAAGGCCCCGAGCCUGGGUCAGGACCCGAGGACAGUGACGAAGAAGAUGAGCAAAGUGAAGACGACGAUGAUGAUGCCGCGUCUGACAACGAUUCCGUCGCCACUCCUGUUCACCAUCCCGACGACGUUGCUUCUGACCGCGAAUCUGACGUCGAGAGCGAGGUAGACGAAGAGGAGGCCGAGAAGCGUAAGGCAUUCUUUGCCCCCGAGGAGAAAGUGGACGACAAGGCCGCUAUGGCGAACAGCUCGUUCCAGGACUUCAAUCUCUCUCGUCCAAUUUUGCGCGGCUUGGCUGCCGUUGGCUUCACAGAUCCCACGCCAAUUCAGCGCAAAGCCAUUCCUGUGGCUCUGCUGGGUAAAGACAUUGUCGGAAGUGCCGUGACUGGUUCCGGUAAGACCGGCGCUUUCAUCGUGCCCAUUCUCGAACGUCUCCUCUUCCGUCCUCGCAAAACCCCAACCAGUCGUGUCGCCAUUCUCAUGCCUACUCGUGAAUUGGCGGUCCAGUGUUACAAUGUUGCAGUCAAGCUUGCCACCUACACCGAUGUGACGUUCUGUCAGCUUGUUGGUGGUUUCAGUCUUCGCGAACAAGAGAACGUGUUGAAGAAGCGCCCCGAUGUGAUCAUUGCUACUCCUGGUCGUUUCAUUGACCACAUGCGCAACUCGCCAAGCUUCACUGUGGACACAUUGGAAAUUCUGGUUCUCGAUGAAGCCGAUCGAAUGCUCGAGGAUGGUUUCGCCGAUGAGUUGAACGAGAUUUUGACGACGAUUCCCAAGUCUCGUCAGACCAUGCUCUUCUCCGCUACAAUGACCGACACCGUCGACAAGUUGAUUCGCGUCGGUCUUAACCGGCCCGUUCGAUUGAUGGUCGACGCAAAGAAGAAGACCGCCGUCACCCUGACACAAGAAUUUGUCCGCCUACGACCGGGCCGCGAGGACAAACGCUUGGGCUAUCUUCUAUACCUGUGCAAGGAAAUCUACACGCAGCGAGUGAUUAUCUUCUUCCGCCAGAAGAAGGAAGCGCACCGCGUUCGAGUGAUCUUCGGUCUGUUAGGGUUGAGGGCUGCAGAGCUCCAUGGUGGCCUGAGUCAGGAGCAACGUAUCAAAUCCGUUGAGAGCUUCCGUGAUGGCAAGGUGUCUUUCUUGCUCGCUACCGACGUCGCCUCGCGUGGUCUGGAUAUCAAGGGCGUUGAGACCGUUAUCAACUACGAGGCGCCACAGAGUCAUGAGAUCUAUCUGCAUCGUGUUGGCCGUACCGCCCGUGCCGGCCGCUCCGGAAGCGCCUGCACAAUAGCUGCCGAGCCCGACCGCAAGGUUGUCAAAAUGGCCGUGAAGUCUGGAAAGGCUCAGGGUGCCAAGAUUGUCAGCCGAGUGGUUGAGAUGGCCGUCGCUGAUGAAUGGGCCCAGAAGGCAGAGGAUCUUGCCGAUGAGGUGCAAGAAGUUCUGGAAGAGGAGAAGACCGAGAAGCAGUUGGCGCAGGCUGAGAUGCAGUUCAACAAGAGCGAGAACCUGAUGAAGCACGGCCAAGAAAUUAUGUCUCGUCCCAAGCGAACGUGGUUCGAGACGGAGACACAGAAACGGGCGGCCCGCAAGCUGGGUCGGACGGAGCUGAAUGGCCCGGACAACAACUCCAAGAAGGACAAGGUCAAGUUGAGCAACAAGGACCGGAAACGGCUCGAUGACGCCAAGCUAAGGCACGAGGGCAAGAUUGGGUGGAAGAAGGGAAAGUCGGAGCGUGAUGCCCCCAAAACAAAAGCCAAGGACAAGAAGAGAAGGGAAAAAAUAGGAAUCUUGAUUGGGGGCCAAAAGGACCCGCUGCCGGGGGUCCAGUGGCGGCUAGUGUGA